CUUCCUUGUUUGUAAAAAAGCUAAGAGAGGUUUCAGGCAAGCAGCCAAACAGUCCCUGAAGGGCUUUAGAAAGGAACCUGUUUCGCCUAUGUUCAUUGAAGGACAAUGGCGUAUCGAGACCUAGUUAGAGGCUGGCAUGAAGGAGUCCUGGCUGUGGAUAAGGGAGACUGGGAAUCUGCUUUGAAAAUCUUCUCUAGUAUCGAAGAGCCUUCUGCUAGGAUCUGCUUCAACAUAGGCUGUGUGCAUCUCUUAACAGGGAACCUUGAGGGAGCCGUGCAGGCAUUUGAUCAAACAGUUACCAAAGACAAUCGUCUAGCUGUUGGCUUCUUUCAAAGAGGGUUUGUCUGUCUGCAGUUAGACAAAUAUGAAGAAGCCUUAUAUGACAGCCGGAUGGCCCUCACUCUGUUAAGAUACAACCCCUUCAUUGACUACAAACAACUGGGACUGCGGCACAUGCUCUAUGCCUGGGAGGUGCUGUACAAUAUUGCAGCAGCGCAGUGCCGGCUUGGGCAGUGGCAGGAAGCUAAAGUAACUCUGGAGAACGCUAUCAUACAGAGACCUGAGGGAAGAACGGUGAGCCUAGACCUGGCCCUUAAGCGCAUACAAGAACAUCUUUUUCUGGACCCCAUGCAGAUCCCCGCGGGGGAGUUGUUCAGACCACGGAAGAAGGAAGUUGAACAGCUGGAUUCAAAAGAUUUCCUGGGUAAACCUAAGGUGAUCUCCUCUGUCAUUCCUAAUGAUGAGUACAUUGGGUUUGAGCCUCUCAGGCCACAGACAAAGGGCUUUUACAAACCCAGUGUUGAUGCUGUGCAAGACUGUGACUCAGGCUAUUAUCGUGUCUUGGGCCAUUAUUACCCCAAGGACUCUGAGGAGGUGGCUUUGAAGGCCAGCAGCCUUGUCUUUGUACUAACCAAAGACACAGAUGGCUGGGCUACUGUCAUACACAAUGGACAGAAAUUGUGCGUACCAACCUCUUUACUGGAACCUGUUCAUGCCCCAAAGGCUGACAAGUGGAAAAUUAAUAAUGGGAUCCCACUUCCCCCUGAUAAAGUACCCCCCAGCCGACCCCACUUGAAGCAAAAAGACAAGCAGCAGCCAGGAUCAACUGAGGGAGAGGGCAUUAAUGCAGAUGAUGAUAAUUCCCAAACAAACUUUAUGCAGGUCCCACUGUCCCCAAAAGAAGCAUUCUUCACUGUGGAUGGAACCAUCCUACUGAAAGUCCAUUGCUCUUACACAAUAGCAGUGCAAGUGAGUGAGGCUUUAUCUCUGUCCGACCUCAGGUCUUUGCUGAAGGAGAAGUUCUGUCAAGAUGCAGAGCAUGGAAAGCUCAGUUACAGGCAUUCAAGCACUGGAGAGCUGAUUGCAGUUUCUGGGGAAGAAGAUCUUGGGAAGAUGUGGCAGCAGGUGAUGGAUGGGAAGCUGACACUCUGGUGCCAGGGCCCAGAUUCCUGUUCAGACAGACCCGUUCUCUACCAGAUGGUAGCAGAAUAUAGAUACAUUGCAGAAGGGCCAGAGGAUCUGGAAUUCAACGAAGGAGACACGUUGGACAUCCUCGCAGAAGUGAAUGAAGAUUGGCUUGAAGGCCGUUGCAAUGGUAAGAUCGGCAUUUUUCCCAAAUGCUUUGCUGUCCGAGCCAGCACGGACCCAGCCCAACCUUAAUAAAGUGGAGCCUUUUCAUGUCAGACAGCACAAGAAUCAGCAGAGCUCAAGCCCAGCUUCAUUUUAUUUUUGUUUCCCAAAGAACAAGAGAAGUUUACACCAGUUUGUUCAGUUCAGGCCAGAACCAGCCCUGCUCAGUGUUUUAACAAAGCUUCCUAUGAGGGACAUGUGGUAUGGGACUCCAUGUUAUCUGAGAACCUGUGAGAAUCAGUUCAGAAGCAUAAAGAGCAUUUUCUAUAACCCAUUUCGCUACUUGUUUUUUGUUGUUUUUUACCUCUGUACUGCCCAGUACUCAAAGUGGGAUAGGAGCUGUAUGUAGGCUGAGGAGCAGGGGUGAGUACAGAGCUGCAUGCAAGGCUGUAAGGAAAGACAUGCUGGGAAGUGCUUGUAUACCUCACAGAUGGAGCUUUAUUAUCUUGGACCCACCACAAGUAGCUUCUGAACACAGGACUCUUGAGAGUAUGCUCAGCCUACUGGCUUCAUGGUGUGUUUGGCCUGCAUAGGCCUCUGGGAGCUCACUCAGCCCAGUAGCUUCACCACCAGCUUGGACCAUUCCAGUCCUUAGGAGACCUCCUUCAGCCCAUCAGCCACAGGGUAGACUCUGCAUCACCCACCUCUAACUGCUCAGCCUGCAUCAGCCUUUGGGAGCUCACUUGUCCCUUCCUCCUGUCUGUCUGUCCUUUCACUUGGUACAAAGGCUCUGGGGAACUGAGAGGCCAUCAGCCUUUCUUGGUCUUGACCUGGUCUUUGUAAAGCUUCUCACAGCAUUCAUUUUGCAGGGACACUGGGCAAGCACAGACCUCUAUAAUGUUGCUGAGAUAUUCUACCCUGCCUGUCAAUCAACUGACCCAGGCCAUUGUACAGUCUCAGUUCCUCACAUCCCCCUACUAUACCCUACUGCCACAACCAGGUCAAGCUGCAGCCUUCAAGUGUGGAGGAAAGGGUAGCUGCCAAGAAGCUUAUUUCCACGAGGGCCUUCAGCUUACCACAUGUUCCUGUGUAAAACCAGAAGAGCCUGAAGCCAAUUACCAUUUGUGCAUGCUGUUUGCUAAGCCGAGAGAUGGGCAGGGCAGGGUAGGUUGUGUUUCACAUGGAAAAGAUGUCACCAGUGGUUGAAAAUCCUGACUAGUGUCUUUGGUUUUGUUGUGAAGUGAUUCUUAAUGCUUUUGGGAGGUUUUAAAUAGACAUGGGGGGCAGGGGGAGGGUGUCUAUAGCAGGAGACAGUCACAGCUUUUUUUUUUUUUUUAAAUGCCAGUGCCCCAAACACAAAAGUCAACGCUAGGCCAGUGGAAGGAGCUGUUUGCAGUCCUAUCACCUGCUUGUUAUUUUCUUAUCUGUAAAAUGCCAGUAAGCACUUCUAAGAUAAUGGACUGCUUUAGGAAGACAUU